AAUUUUGUCGAUAUGUAACUGUAAAUUCUUGCCACUUAGAUAAUAUUUACAUCGCCGAUGCCGUUAUCACCUUUAACACGACAUUUCGUAACUCUCUCUCAAGUUCACAUCAAAAAAAUGACAUUUUUUCCCGCUGUUAUCGUUGUCUGUCAGCUUCCAUAAACAUUGAUCAACUUACAUCCUGCUCCUGAACCUGAAGCAUCGUUGUCUUCGCUGGUUGCCUUCCUUCUCUGCUCUUCUAGCAAUUUUAUCUCAUUCUAAACUUUUUGUUAAAUUUGAGUUUUAGAUGAUAGUGAAAAGCGAAGAGACGCUCCUUCGGUCCUGUACAGAUUUUCUUCACCCAUUUUUCUCGAAAGUUGUGUAAAACAUGUGGGCUGGAGCAAGUAAUGCAGAGUACUCUCAAUGGGCGUUGAACCAGUCGGAUUAUCAAAAUCUUUCACAUGAUGAGAUUGACUGGGCUCAGCUAGCGCAACAAUGGAUCCAGAUGAAAGAGACCUUUCCACCGGAUCAAGUCCCACCAGCCCCUCCGCCCCCACCUAUUGGUCCUUUGCGCUCUGAGCCUGUAAAGGUUGUCCAUGAUGUUGGAACAGAGGGAGGUGAAGCUCCAAUGGAUAUGGAAACUAAAGAAGAAUCCAUGGAUUCUGAAAGCGCACCUCCUCAUGGUUCUCCAGGUAGAUCAAGUGAUCCUUCAACUUGGGGAGCGUGGAAUAAUUGGGGAGCAGGACCAUGGGAUUGGGCAAACAAUCCAGUGGCACCAGCUGCUGCUGUUGUAGUGCCUCCAACUUAUGGCUACAACACUGCAGGAGGACAAGCCCUACUGGAGAGCUCAGCACCCAGCACAUUUGAUUACAAUCAUGGAAGUUCAGAAUCAGUUCCCCCAUCUGGAGGCUUCUGGGCAGGUCCAGGUGUGCCCCCUACGGUAGCACCACCACAUCACAUACCCAAUGAUGGACCACAAGGACACCCUUUUUCUAAGCAUGGAAGAGGAGGAACUUGGAAAAGAGGGGGCGGACGACCCCCAGCGCGUGAUCGUUUCCUUCGCAGCGACCGUAAAUCUGCGGAAGUUGAGGAAGUAGAUACCACUCAAACAAUAGAUGCUGCCAAACGUCGUAAUUUGCCAUCUUGGAUCAGAGAUGGUCUUGAAAAAAUGGAAAGAGAAAAGCAGAGAAAGCUUGAAAGAGAGCAGCAACUUAAACAGAGGGAAGAGAUGAUCCGUCAAAAAAUUCAAGAAGAGGAAGAAGCUUUAGCAGACGAUGGGCAACCUAUGAUACCCAAAAAGAGCAAAUUCGAGAGUGAUUCAGAGGAAGAAGAGAGAGCCCCUAUCAGUCAAAAAAUUAACCAGGAUAAACGUAAAUCAAGAUUUAGUGAUGCUGAACAAGAAAAUAAGAAAGCAAAGUCUCCAACUCCAGAACCAGAUGAUCCUCCCAAAAGUAAAGAGGAAAUAUUGCAGGAAGUGAUGGUGAAAGUUCGACGCAUGCUAACUGAAGUGCUGCUGGAGGUAACAACAGAAGAAAUGCAAUCAAUAGCUGAAGAUGCAUUCAUUAGGGCUCGCUCUAAAGCUCCGGCAGCAGUGCAGAAGACACCGGCUUUAGCAUCUUUGACCGGUAAACUUGGUUUGGGAAUCUAUGAUGACAGCGAGGACAGUGACUCAGAGAAUGAAGGCGACACGUCCAAACCUACCAAUGGUGAUGAUUCUGAUGAAGAUCUCAAGGAGCUGAUACAAAAGAAAAAGCAGGAUUUCUCUGUAAUAGAACGAGAAAUUGAGAAAAAGCUUGCUGAAGAAGAGGAAAGAGAGAGAAGGAAUAAUGAGGAAGAAGAAGAAGAUGAGGAUGAAGACCAACAGUCUAAAAGGAGGGGUGUGGAAAGGGCUGGGGGGUUCAAAGGAGAUGCACAGGUAGAAAGCCAGAAAUCUGGACCAAACCUUCAUUUGAGUAAUCAUGGGCAUCCAGAAGAAAGGACAGUGGCAGAAGCACCCUCAAGUGAAGGAGGAACCCAUGAUUCUCGGACCAAAAAAGGUGUAGUUCCAUUCCUAGAGUCAGUGUCACCAGACAGAAGCGAUAGAGAGUCCAGUCGAGCCCACAACAAUAGGCACGGUUCAAGUUCUGACUCAAGUGAUUCGGACUCCCUCUACUCUGGAUCCCUGGCUUCUUCAAAGGCCUCUCAUAGUAGAAAAAAAGGUUCCUCUAAAAGCAAAAAGCACAAAAGAGACCGUAAGAAAAAGUCGGAUAAGAAGAGAAGUAGAAGUUCAAGUCGUGACAGAAAGUCAAGAAAGAAUGGCAAGAGAGACCACAGUAGAUCGAGAAGUCAUUCAAGAAGUCGAUCCAGUAGUACAAAACGUAGAUCUUCUAGCAGGGAUAGACGCAGAAGAGACCGUGAUAGAGAGAGUAGCAGUAGAAGAUACAAGAGUGGGUCUCACAGAGAUGACCGUAAGGAUAGGGAUAGAGAUAGGGAACGAGACAGGGAUAGGUAUCGGGAAAGGGACCGUGACAGGGAGAGGGAUAGAGAUAGGGACCGCGAUCGUGAUAGGGAUAGAGACCGCAGAAGAGACAGGGACAGAGAUAGAGACAAGGAACGCAAACGCCGGGACCGCAGCAGGUCGGGCAGCCGGCGGAAGAGAAGCUCAUCCAGCUCCAGGUCCGUGUCGGUGUCCUCGCACCGCCACCGCACCCGGACAAGGUCCCGGUCCACGUCCCGCUCCCGCUCCAGGCGCCCCAAGCACCGCGACAGGGACUCCUCGUCAUCCGCGUCCGACCGGUCGUCUGGUAAGAAGUCGGCAAGGCACGGACGCAAGGACUGAGCAACUUGCAAAAGGUGGUAUCCUCUCUCUGACAUCCCUAUGUAGAUCUCUUGGUUUUCUUUUUUUACAUUAAAUAAAUGAAGCACUUUCUUUAUUUAUGGUAAUUUGGCUACAGCAGUGCGUUCUGGUUAAAAACUUGCUGCAUUGAACAAGUUGUGAUUGCCAAAUGGUGGAACAAUGUGAAAUGAUUGUAAUUUUUUUUUUCUUAGAUGAUAUAUUUUGUUAUUGUAUUUUUAUAAAAUUCAACUUUUGAGGGACUGUUAUAAAGUUCAAAAUUAAAGGGGGCUUUUUACUCAUUACGAAACUUGUUCUGGAGUUAGUUUCUUCUCAAUUCCUUUUGAACAUUCUUAAGCUUUCUGGUGGAUUCUUGCCUCACAUGGCAUAAAGGAAGUGCUUUCAUUUCAGUUUUGUCUGAGUGCAAAUGCUUUAUCUUUGUGUUUAAAAAGUAUUUAUUAUUUCACAUAUUUGGUUUCGUUAAUACUUGAAGUUUUAAGUGCAAAGACAAAGCUAAGCACUCUGAUGGAUUCUUCCUUUGCUCACUAGUCAAGGAAUUUCUUGUUAAAUCUGCUUUCCUAGCCAGUAGGUUUAGGUACUCUUGCGGCAUAUAGUCCGCAGUCUUGGAGAAUGGUGUUUUUAUGUUUCAGGAUGAAGAGGAUGGUUACUCUCAACGGCCGUCACCCUCAACUGUGCCUGUGAUUUUAUAUAACACUUCAAUUUUAUAAAUCGUGAAAGAUAAGUCAGAAUUUUGCUCUCAAUUACAUUGUAUGGCUGUAUAGCCAGUGAUAUGACAAGAUUUGAAUCGGCAUUGUUGUAAAGUAAUUUGUACAACUAAAGUUUUAUUUGUUUGUAAUUUGUGUAAAGUUAAGAACAAAAGUCAACCUAUUUAUGACUUUAAGUUUGUUACUUCCCAUAGAUCAAUUGAUAAUCAAGCACUGUUAAUGAACUUACCUGCAUCAGGUAUUGAUGAAUUUGUCCAGUUUUCUUGCAUUCUGUGUUUUAUUAAAAAUUUCUCUAAGACUGAA